UGUCACCGCACGGCACAACGCAGCGCAGCGCAGCGCCGCGCCCGGCCAGCCCGCCCGGCCAGCCCUUCCUAGCCGCCUUCGCCUCUCGCCUGCCCGGCCAUGGCCGCACUCGGCCACCUCUCCACCUUCGGCCGGGUCACCCACGCCGUGGUGCGGGGACUGCCCGAGUCCCUGUGCCAGCAUGCGCUCCGGAGCCACAAGGGCGACGAGGUGGAUUUUGCCCGGGCCGAGCGGGAGCACCAGCUCUACGUGGGGGUGCUCAAGAACAAACUGGGGCUGCAAGUGGUGGAGCUGCCUGCGGACGAGAGCCUGCCCGACUGCGUGUUUGUGGAGGACGUGGCCGUGGUGUGCGAGGAGACCGCACUCCUCACCAGACCCGGGGCGGUGAGCCGGAGGAAGGAGGUUGACAUGAUGAAAGGAGCAUUAGAAAACCUUCAGCUCAAUAUCGUAGAGAUGACAGAUGAAAACGCAACCUUGGAUGGUGGAGAUGUUUUAUUCACAGGCAGGGAAUUUUUUGUGGGCCUCUCCAAAAGGACAAAUCAGCGUGGAGCAGAAAUCCUAGCUGACACUUUCAAGGAUUAUGCCGUUUCCACGGUGCCAGUGGCUGAUACUCUGCAUCUGAAGAGUUUCUGCAGCAUGGCUGGACCCAACCUGAUUGCCAUUGGCUCAAGUGAACCUGCACAAAAAGCUCUCAAGAUCAUGCAGCAGAUGAGUGACCAUCGUUAUGACAAGCUGACGGUGCCUGAUGAUGUGGCUGCAAACUGUGUGUAUUUAAACAUCCCCAACAAAGGGCAUGUCUUGUUGCACCGAGCCCCAGAAGAGUACCCAGAGAGUGCCAAGGUGUUUGAAAAACUGAAGGACCACAUGCUGAUACCUGUCACCAACACAGAACUGGAAAAGGUGGAUGGACUACUCACCUGUAGUUCAAUUUUGAUUAACAAAAAGCCACCUUGACACUGACUCAUCUUGGGCCUCUGGGUAGUAAAGCUUUAGCCAAUACACCACCGUGCAAUUCCACUCUGGCCUCAAUAUGGUCUGCCUCACUAUUACAACUUCUGCCUUAAGGAAUGGGCAAAUGGGCUCUGAAGCAGAAUCGCAACCAAAAUCUGAGUGGCAGCUUGGAAAAGCAUUACUAUGCGGGGAUGCACCAAGACAGGGCUGGCCCCAGAGAUUCAAAUUCCAGAAGAGUUAGAGGUCCAUACCUAGGCAAGCUGCAACCUAGUCUUCUGAUGAUAACUCAAAUUCCCUGCAUGAAAAUUCAAGCAAUUGUGGCAAGCCUAAGCGUUAAAGUGCUAAGUAGAAAUGAGGGGGACCAACAGGAAAUAUCUCAGAAAUACUGGACUAACUUUGCAUCUUAUAAAGUCUUUGUGAGGAUACUUACAUGUGCAUGCUCUUGCCCCAUUGUGGGGCUCCCCAAUAUUCCAAUGGAUACAUGAUCUCACUGAGGCAGGUAGUUCCUUUCCCAGUGUAUAAGUCUCAACCCAUUCCUGUAAAACACUUGUCCAUGUCCUCCCAUAAAUCCACUCUACGGAGAUCCAUCUGACAUACUAUGGGAUUUCCUCUCAUAUUAGAAUCCAAAUCAUUUGGGAACAUAUUUUUUAAAUAAAGAAAAGUUUCCAUUUCUUUAUUUAUUAGGUUCCUGAUUCUGUCCUUCUUGCUUCUCCCAAGAGUCUCUUCAAAAAUAAAAGUAGAUUAUUUCCCCCAAGAGAAGAAUAACAUGCAAAAACAAACGUGCUAGUGUCAUAUAACUCAAAGAAAAUGGAGCAUUAUAUCCCUGACAAAGGAAGUACUUGGCCAGUCCCUACAUGGCUAACUUGUACUUGAGACCAGCUACAUACAAUAGAUGAUUCUGAUUUCCCAACUUCCAUGAAUAUUUACAAUGGAAUUCAAUUAAAUCCCAUUUCUUCUAUAACUCUCAAAUUACACAACCUGCAGACUGACUCCAGCAAAACAAAAGAAAAUGCCACAGUGAAGUAAGGAGCCAUUGUCUUUUUCUCUUCAACUCAAAAAAGUUAGCUCCUCCACAGAGGAGGGAAAUGGUACUUUCCAUGGAAUGGCGGCUGGUUUCAACAUGUUAUCAACUUCCUAGUCAUCUCCACCUUUCCUGCCCUAUUUGUGGAUUUGAGGAUAAGGAAGAUUCAGCAAACACUUGUUACAUUCUUAGGCUGUUCAGCUAUUCCUUCCUUGCCAACCUACAUGUUUUUAAUUUAAUCAGCAAAAAGGACACAUAGCUAUACCCUUACUCAUCCUUGUUUCCCUCCCUUAUAUGGAACCACCUGCAAAUACUUUAAUUAGACUCUUCAGUGACCCUCUUGGUAGGGAGCCAGAAGUACUCGACCUUGAUAAACCACUAAGAAAACAAAGUCAGGUUAACCUCCACCUGGGCCUACAUACUUGUCUUCUCUGUUUAGCCCAGGAACCAGAGGAUAUUUCUCCAAAUUCUCAUUGCUCAACUUUUUAAUCCUUAUCAUAUCCAGACAUCUCACCACGUAUAUCCUGUAAAUGAACCAUUUGCUGGUCAUUGUUAUAUUUCAAGUUGUCAGAGAUGAAUAAUCCUCAAUUCAAAUCAAAAUAGGGAAGUGCCAAGCCAGGGACAGAAUAUCAACCACAUAUUGGAGGAGACAAGAAGGAACUGAACCCAAUGGAAAUGGUUAACCCCUUCAUGCCAAAUCUGACCAGAGGGGGGGGAAAGGACUGAUUUUCAGGAUUUUUAGGAGAAAGACUUAAUAAGGAAACUUAGUUUAGAAAAGUAACUUCUGAUUCUCCAUCCCUAUUAUCACAACCUAAUGACCCUAUAACCCUGCCUGUUUUUAGUCAAUUGGUAGACCAAUAAAAUUCUCCUCUGAACCAUCUAUUACCCAGAUUUUCAUUUUGCUAUUCUUUUCUUCUCCCUCUUUCUCUUCUCCUCUCCUUAUAUCUCGAGAAAUCACUGAAAAUUGGGGGCACCUCUUCCCAGAGUCUUACACUGAAUUCUUAAAUACACUUCGAUAUCACACAUUACAUUUUCCCUUUUGUGAUGCUCUCUGUGACCUGCUUUUGUGGACAUUUAAAAUACACACAGAGUGUAAUAGUAUUUCUUUGAUACCAGCUACAUAUAUGCCCCACACUGAUUGAUGGUGACUUUCUAAAGACAGAGAAAUGGUAAUAAAAACUCCUUUGACACAAUCAAGGCAGUAUUUUAGUCAAAUAAUAGAAAUUUCAGACAGAAUUACUUAACCAGCAAAAUCAAAUCAAAUAAGGGGAAUACAAGGAAAUCUCUUUAUUUCUUCAGGGUUAUUUCAAUUGUGGGAGGUAACUAUAGAAACUAACAAUCACAGGUCUAUAACCAGUUAUUUUGCUCUUUUUUAGCUACUGUGAACAGAAUAUUAAGGCCAUCUCUUCACUUUAUGGAAAAAAGUACUUAGUAGAUGAAUAAUGUAACUUGUAUAGAGUUGCACGUAAAUCUUUAUAAUUAUUCGCCAUUUAGCCAAUCAUUGUUGUACAGCUUGCAAAUAGGAUUCCAACAUGGCGCUAGAUGUGGUCAGUCUCUCCUGCUGAUCACGUCCUUCCAGCCAGUAUAUUGUUAGCCUUUUUUGUGUGCCAAAAUCAUAAAUACCCUAGUCCUUUAGACCAGAGAAAUUCUGCACUGAUUUUAGUCUCUUGCAAUUCCAAUCUUCGAUGUAAACCAGUUAUUAUGGAAUAAAGUGUCCGUUGUGCUGCAAA